AUGAUAUCCCUGUUGGUUCGCUUAAGCCUUGUGCUACUCGUGUUAAAUCUAUCCUUUUGUCCGGCUGAUGCUCUGUGGGGCAAGAGUUCUAAGGACCCUGGCAAGCCAAAAACAUUUGCUGGUAAUAGUGCAGGCUUGCCACCUCAACCAGCAACCCGUAAAGGUUUGGGCAUAUCUGCAUGGGGAAUUGUUUUCCUCAUUGUGACUCUUAUAUUGGCUGGUAUGGGAGUAUAUUACUUUGCUAUAUGUUACACCGUUUGUCAGCCUACCAAGGGCAAAUAUGAUAAGAUGGACAUGCCAACUAUGGCUUAG